GAGCACUGGUCAAUGUUGCCUCUGAGCAAACUCGUCAAUACUACUUUGUGAAUACGCCACUGAACUGGACUGAAGCUCAGAGCUUCUGCAGACAGGUCUACACUGACCUGGCCACCAUAGAAACCAUAUCUGACGUCAGUACCGUACUCCGCACCACACCGAGCUACAGAGGCAAGGCUUGGAUAGGCCUCUAUAAUAAAGACUGGAGAUGGUCUCUGAGUGACAACAGCUUCUAUGGUGAAGCAGAUACUGGGUUUAGAAACUGGGCUGCUGGACAUCCCGUAAAUGGACAGGAAUGUGUGGGGAUUGGAAUCAACGUUUGGUAUAACAUAAAUUGCAACAACAUUCAACCCUUUGUGUGCUACAACGGUUCAGUAAAUGACACAUCAUCCUUUGUAAAGAUUGACAAACUUUUGAACUGGAUCGAAGCUCAGAGCUACUGCAGGGAGAAUUACGUCGAUCUAGCCAGCAUACGAAAUCAGGCAGAAAAUGACAUCAUCUCAAAACUGGUAGAUGUUUACUUAUUGUGGAUCGGUCUGCACUGGGAACGACUGUGGUCUGAUGGGAGCACGUCUCUGUUUCAAAACUGGGCCUAUGGGCAAACAGACAGCACAGAGCAGUGUGUCACCACAGCGUUCAAUAACUCAGGACUGUGGUCAGAUGAUAACUGCUCCCUCACUUUCCCGUUCAUCUGUUACUCAACAAUUCCUCCAAACGCAGAAAGCUUCAGAUCAAUAGCACAAGAUGAGACCAGCAUCACUCUGCAGUGGAAUAAAGUGAACAACAACAUCAGCUUUAUUCUCCAGUUUAAUGAUGCAGAGAUCAACAUCACUGCACCAGAUGGAGAUGGACCAGUAACUUACACAGUCUCAUCUCUCACUGCUGCAACUGAAUACACAUUCACUCUCUACUCUGUGUUUGAGAACAUCAGAAGCAGCGGAGUGAGCAUUACUGCAUUUACUG